AUGAAACGAUUAUUCGAAGAUGACACAGCACCAUCCGAGAUGCCAAAAUUUGUUAGAAUUGAUGACAUCACUCAGGUUGUAAACACCGAAAACAUCGAAGAUUUCACAAAUAUUCAUUUGAAGCCUUUCGAAACAAGUUCGACUUGGUCGGAUCAAUAUCUUUCGUCUCUAAACAUUCAUCGUCGUCCUUUUAACUUUCAAAUCGAACUCGUUCAAUCAGCUAUCCAAAGUGGUAAUUCGAUCAUUUGUCUAAGAACUGGUGCAGGAAAAACUUACACAUGUGCUUUGCUGAUCAAAUAUUAUUAUUUGAAGAAAAAGCAGGAGCAUCCCGAUGAACACUUUUCAACGUUUUUCUUCGUUCCGAAUCGUUCCAUUCGCGAACAGCAAGUAGAAGCGAUACGAAGCGUCGGUGAUCUUCAAGUUAUCGGCUGUGAUGAUGAUUCAACUGCUGAUGCAUUCGCCGCAUUCUACAACGUUGUGGUGUGUACACCGCAGAAAUUUCUCAAUUGUCUCAUGGAUAAAACCGUUCAUUUCAAUGAAAUUGACCUGAUUGUAUUUGAUGAAUGCCACCAUUGUAUCGGUCGACAUCCAUAUUCGCAAGUCAUGGAACAGUAUCUAGUUUAUCAUUCAUCAGAAGAAAAACGUCCGAGAAUUCUCGGUCUCACCGCAUCUUGCGGGACAAAAUUGACCAAUCCAAAAGCGAUUAUAGACGAACUGGCACAGGGAAAAAACAAUCCGUUGGGGAAACUGUAUGAGUUAUGUGCAACAUUGAAUUGUUAUGAUGUUGUUACGGUUGUCAUCAGUGAACAUCAAAAAGAAUUAGAUUCAACGAUUCCUCAACCAACUCAAAAUCAAAUUCUCACUGUCCAACAGAAUUCCUUCGAACUAUACUUAGAGUCGUUAAAGAACAAAUUCUGUUCGUUAUUACAGUACAUUGGUAGCCGUUGUUCUCCAGAAAUUUCAGCGUAUCUGAAUGAGCAGCAAUUAAUAGAAGAAAAGAUCGAAGCAGAAAAGAAAAAUAACUUUACGAAUAUCGUCUUAGUUAAGUACAUGAUCAUGUUUGUCAAACGAUUCGAUGCACUGAGUGAUUUACCACUCAAAGCGGUUAUGAUGGAUAUAAAAAAGAAAUUAGAUUCGUUCUAUAGUAAAAAGGAAACACCAAUGCCAGUCGAAAGUGAUGUAUAUAACUAUUGUUUAAACACCAUCGGUAAUAUUAAUGAAGAAAUAAAACAUGGAGAGUACUAUUCAACAAAUCCUAAGCUCGAUUUUCUUACCGACCAGUUGAAAGAGCAAAUUAAGAAGCGGAAUGCAAAUGCGCGCGGGUUAAUAUUAGUCUCGCGUACAUUGUAUGCAAAACUUAUCUUAGAUUAUUUGAAAGAACGGCAAGAUAUUCAAAAUAUGAUAAAACCGUGUUGGCUUGUUGGUCAAAGCGGCGUUGAUUAUCAGAAUAGUCUUAGUGAACAAGACAGAACAUUGAAGGAAUUCCGUCAAGGAUUAGCCAAUGUGAUGAUCGCAACAGAUAUUGUACAAGAAGGUUUGGAUGUUGCCGAAUGUUCAUUCAUGAUGCGAUAUGAGUUCGUGUCGGGUGUCAUCGGAACAGUUCAAUCAAGAGGACGUGCGCGAGCAGAUAAAAGUGCCUGUUUUCUAAUUGUUGGUUUCAGUUCGAUUAAUCAUACAAAAGAAAUAACAAAUCGAAUGAGAGAAAAAGAAAUGUUAGCAGCACUGAAUCGUUGGAGAGAAGUACCACGUGAUAAAUCGAACCAAGAUAUUCAACGAGUACAAAAUAUCGUCAUCCAAGAAUGGCAAGAUCAAGCGAAAAAUGCCGAAUUUCUUCGUAACAGUUUGAUCGAUUCGACGGCAAUGGAUGGUAAAGUUUCAUGCCGAUCUUGCAAUUCGUAUUUAGGAAAUAUUUCAUGGUUGAGAAAACUUGGUAUGAAUCAUUUCAUUCCCGAACGACAACUUGUUACGCAAGUUGAAAUCGAACGAUUUGAAAAACCUGAAAUUCACAAAGAGAUACAAGUGACUGGUAAAGUCAUAUGUGGAAAUCAGCAGUGUCGAGAAGACUUAGGUGGUACCCAACAGAUCUCCAAUCGAACUGAUCUCAAAGAAAUGUGCACAUUGAAAUGUAAACAGUUGAAAUUUUCUUACAAAGACAACAAAGGCGAAGAGAGAACUUAUACUUUUAAAAAAUGGAGUGAUAUAACGUUUAAAAUAGUUGAAAUCGAACCUACGCAACGAUGA